CGGGCAUCCUUCUCCUAACUCGUGAGAAGCAAGUACGGCUGGUGGUAAUAUGGGUAAUGAAGACAUAUCAAUGUAACGACAACGAUCCGAUAUGGCAUUCCCAACCAAGCUAUUGACCCAGCUACACGGCUCAAACGGCCCCGUCCAUGCCUUGGCCUACUCCUCAUCGCCCUCGACAUACAUCCUGACCGGUUCCGCGGACCGUUCCAUCCGCCUCUACAACCCGUCACGGUCUCCCGCAACAGCACACGCCACAAACCCCCUCGCACCGCCCAAACCGACGCAGCUGAUCCAGACCUAUUCUGCGCACGGCUAUGAAGUCCUCGAUAUCAGCGUCGCGGCCGACAACGCGAGCUUUGCAUCCGUGGGCGGCGACCGCAGCGUCUUCCUCUGGGACGUAGCCACCGCGCAGACCAUCCGCCGCUUCGGGGGGAAUCACGGCCAUAGCGCGCGCAUCAAUGCGGUGGCAUUUGCGGGGAGUGGAGAUAGUGUGCUAAUUAGUGGAAGCUUUGACGCGAGUGUGCGAAUCUGGGAUGUUAAGAGCCAGCAGAUGAAGCCGAUUAUGGUGCUGGAGGACGCAAGAGAUUCGGUCUCGUGUAUCUUGGCUGGCGGCGCGGUGGGGAUGGGAGGCGAGUAUGAGAUUUUGGCGGGCAGUGUAGAUGGGAGGGUCAGGUAUUAUGAUUUACGGAUGGGCAGGUUAGAGACCGACGUUAUUGGGGCAAGUGUCACCAGUCUGCAGAGAACAAGGGACGGAAAGGGGAUUCUGGUAGGCGCUUUAGACAGCAGUCUGAGGCUGAUGGAUAGAGAUAGUGGAGGGUUACUGAAGGCGUACAAAGAGGAUCGGUGGAAGAAUGAAGAGUUUAGACUGCGGAGUGCGUUUGGGGGGAAUGAGAGAUGGGUGCUUUGUGGAAAUGAGGAUGUGAAGGGAGCUGAUGGCGAGGUCCUGGUCUGGGAUACAUUGACUGGAAAGGUCGUGGAGAGGAUAGGGGUUUUGGGGUCACAGGCGGAGGAAAAGAAGAGGAUCUCGACAGAUGGCAAGGUGAGGGAAAGACGUAACGUCGUCAGCUGUGUUGCAUGGAAGGAGUCUGGGAGGGGUGAUCAAUGGUGCUGUGCCGGCACAGAUGGCAUUGUGAGCGUUUUCGGCCCUGCAUCGUAA